AUGUCGGACGGCAUAAGGGCUACGAUAUUAGAUAAUAGGAUGUGGUUUUACCCUGUUAUAUGUUUCAUACUAGUUGUGAUAUGCGGUACUUAUGCCGAGGAAAUAUGCAGGAAAAAUAAACGGGACAGGGAUGCUCAUGUUGAUAUGGCGGUCACUGUGCAACCAGUUCCAACUGGUCACGCUAAUGUACCAGGCACAUCCAACGUGCCAACUACCUGUCCCACCAAAGAGGAACUGGAGGCUAGAUUAAGGACACUACUGGACUCAACCAUAGAUAAUAUAAAGCGAUUUGAAUCAACAACACCUGAAAGUGUGAACAUAUCAUACGACCUUGCUACAUUGAUCAAUGCCCGCGAAAGUAUUGAGGAG